UCUCGCCGCGGUGACAUUGAGUUCGCUGUCUAGUUGAUCGCGUAAUCUCCGCGACGUUUGUACGCUCGAAAAAUCGUACCUCCGACGCGAGAUCGCCAUUUUAUGUGUUUGGCACUGUCACGGGACGGUGAUACGGGUGCGUGCGUGCGUGCGUGCGUGCGGUGCGGUGCGGUGCAUCGAGGCACACAGGGCUAAGAGCGCGACCGCGUCCGUCCGUUCGUCCGUUCGGUGCUGAUCUUGUGCGAUUGAGCGUUCUCAACAUGUUGCCCGAACAACAGCCCGGCCCGGACGCGUACAAGUAACGGCGGCGGCGGCCAUCGGCCAUCGGCGAGCGCUCGAUUCGAGCGGGGUGUCGGUCGCGGUGCGAGACCACACACGACACGACGCGGCCCCAUCGAGAUGGUGUAGUGUAGCGCGCGCGCGAGGCGGGCCCCUGCGUGAGCGUGAAAGAAGAAAAAGUGUGUUUUCGUCAUCGUUCACGUCGCCGUCGUCGCCGUCGUCGCCGUAAUCGGGAGUACACAUCCACGGAUCUUAUCUCCCGCCUUCUUUUCGUCUUACCAACUCUGUCGUUCACGGCCGACAAUCGUCCCGACGAUCACUGUGCCAUCGCCGUCGCUGUCGUCGUCGUCGUCGACGGACGUCACGGGACGCCCGACGUCGUCGUCGGGACCACGGACCCGAUUAUCCUGGAUUACUCGCGACACGACGCCUCCUGGCCCUCAGUUACGAUGACUACGGUGCGCACCAUACCCUCGGAUAAGAUAAAUCUACGCCUCAUCCUCGUCAGUGGCAAGACAAAAGAGUUCCUAUUCAGUCCGAGUGAUUCCGCGGGCGAUAUAGCGCAUCAUGUGUUUGAAAAUUGGCCAGAAGACUGGGCAGAGGAGGCGGUUGCCAAGGCGGAGAUCCUGCGACUAAUCUACCAGGGUCGUUUCCUGCACAGCAAUGUCACGCUCGGUGCUCUUGGGCUUCCCUUCGGAAAAACCACGGUGAUGCAUCUGGUGCCGCGGGAAAAUCUUCCGGAGCCUAAUUCUCAAGGAGAAAAAAUGGAUAUUGCUAGUCUAACUCCUCAAGAUUUACAAAGAAAACUCUAUUUUCUGGUGGAACAAUUGCAACAUAUGGCUGGAGAGCUUCCACCGAAGUAUCAGAUGCGACUGCCAUAUGAAUUACUAUCUGGAUUGGCAAACUCAUUAUUGAACGAUACCAUCUUUGAGAUAGUGAAAGGAUUGAUGGAGAUACAGCAUGUCACUGAAAAACAUCUCUUUCAACAACGACUUCAGCUUUUGAAUCAACAGAAAAUUGAGUCUCAAGAGGCAUUGUCUGCAGUAACUGUAGAAGAAGAAAUAACGACAAUAAAAACAGCGCUGAAUAAAAAACACAAGGAAGAGUUGAAGCAAAUGGAUAUGAAAUUGGUAUUGCAAUUAGAUCAAAAAGUGGCGGAUCAACAAAGUAUAUUAGAAAAAGCUGGAGUACCUGGAUUCUAUGUGACAAAUAAUCCAAUGGAGAUUCAAGUGCAAAUGAGACUAUGUGACUUUAUUAUCAGGUUGAGCAACAUGGACAUACCGAGUUGAUUCAUGUAUAUAAUUAUUUAUUAUAUAAUAUCAAAUCA